AUGUACCGACACAGGGAACGAUCGUCAAGAGUCCAUCGUAUUCCAAAUUACGGCCCUUAUCCAGCACCAACGGCCUCUGCUUGUGGAUCACAUGAAUUCCGGUACUUGAAGCGCAUACGUGACGACCGAUCAAGCGACGGGCACAAAACGUCGUACAUCUUCCAAAUCGACACCAACAUCACGCAUAUCAAGGUCCAACGUACUAUCAAGGUCCAACGUACUAUCAAGGUCCAACGUACUAUCAAGGAUCAACGGCACAAACCAAGGUUAUAUGGAAACACCUUGAUGAAGCCCGCGAGUAUAACAUACGGUGAGAUGGUUUAUCGCAAUUUAGUGUCUUUGAAUGCUGCGACUAUGGUUGCGAUAUGGUUCCUAUACAAGACAAGAAAGUAG